CUUAUUAAAUUUUUGGUCCUUGAGAGUGGGCGCUUAUUCGAGGUGGGCGCUUAUUCGAGGCUGGGUGCAACAAAACAAUAAAUGCUAAUAACAAAACGCGAAGAAGUAACAGAGCAAGGUUUCUGUAAAAUACUCUGAAGAAAACUCCGUUCUCGGGGAAGUCUCUUAUUAGAAUUUAUUCAUUCAAGUGGCUGGAAUGGGGGUGAGCACUUAUUUGAGUUUUAUUGGGAGGAGGAGGGGGUGGGCACUUAUUCGAGGCUGGGUGCUUAUUAACUUUUUCUGCCUUUUGGAUGGGCGCUUAUUCGAGGUUGGGCGCUUAUUCGAAUAAUUACGGUAUCCCUAGUGAUAUGUGUUUCCUGGGUAUGGGAACACAUAACAUUAAGUACGUUGGACAUUAUAAUGAAACACAUUUCACUAUGGAUAUGUGUUUCCUGGGUAGUGGAACACAUAUCACUAGGGAUAUGUGUUUCCUGGGUAAGGGAAACACAUUAUUUUCACUGUGGACAUGUGUUUUCCGUGUAGGGGAACACCUACCACAAGGGAUUUGUUUUUCUUGGAUAGGAGAACACUUAUCGCUAGGGAUUUGUGUUUCUUGUGUAGGGGAACUUAUACCACUAGGGAUAUUUGUUUCUUGUGUAGGGGAACACAUAUCCCUAGUGAUAUGUUGGGAAUAUGUGUUCCCCUACCCACGACCACACAUCGCUAGUGAUUACGUGUUUCCUGGGGUGGGGGAACACAUAUUACUAGGGAUAUGUUUCUUGGGUAGGGGAACACAUAUCACAUAUUAUAUUGAUUGUAACGCAAGUUAUCCCUUGAACUUCACAAGGUAUCCGUUUGUUCAAGGGGAAUUUUGCAAAUAAAGACAACUACAUUUGAUUAAUUGGCACACUAGUAACUUACUUUUGUACUGAAUGUUUGGUCACCUUCUACCUUCAGUGUUCAUUAACUAUCAUUGGUUAAAAUAAUUUUCAUGCAUCUACCUGUUUCUUCCUUUAUCUGCUUUGUAUUCCUUUUUGUGCCAUAAUCUUCAUGAGGUACAUGUAAUAUCCAUCGUAGAUCUAGAUCUCUUUUCUAGUGCCUGUCUCACAAGCCUACAUGUAUGAGUGCAGCUGUCUCUCCUGGCCUCUCACAGCCCCAAAAUUCCAUACUGAUGACAGAUUUGUCAGAAUCUGGUCAUUGAGCGCUGUUUGAUUAAUGUGGUAACUUUGUUUAGCUGUUGUUUACUAAUGACAGACAAAAGGUCACAAAGAUAAUAUUCCAAAAAUAGACCAGGAGAAACACUACCCUGCAAUGCAGACAUUGGUCCUUUCUUCUCUCCACCCAAAAAGUACCGGUAAUGUUUGCAAACACGAGCCACGAUACAAUUUUGUUGUUGACCAAUCGGAAUAGAGGAUGAAAGUAAGUGUAAAGCUUUGGUGACUCCUCGCGAGCUGGCGUGUCUUGGAUUUGACAAGAUUUUGCAAGUAACCUUAAGAUCAUAAAUUUCAAGACUAUAACAAGAUUUCUUGGUUGUAAAGCUAUGGAUACGAUUUUUUGCGUUUGGUUUUUCCAAAAUUAAUAAAAGUGACAUUUUGUGACACAAACAGAAAAUUAUCAUUGCUACGACAUUGCACUCAGACUCACACUUAUCCAGCUUUGUCCAAAGCUGACAAAAAGUUGUGAAUUUGUAGGUAGUACAGGCACAUCCUUGACUCACGAGUCAAAAUGUACAUUAACUCUUGAAAAAUUUAAAAUAAUACAAGCAUCACCAUGUACAUCUGGUCUGGAUCCAGCAUGAAAAAAAUUGUUUUAUAAGAGUAAAUUGAUUGUGGUCAAAAUAACAUUUCAUGGGAAGUCAAUAAUAAUAACCAUGUGUCCUACAUGUAGCUUUUCAAGUUGAACAAUGCAUGAAAAAUCUAAAGUGGCACACAACAAGCUAUCGAAGAAUCCUCCAAAGCAUACAUUUCUGCAAGGAACACAUUAAGGAACAACAAACAUGAGGUGUCUACCAUCAUUAGAACAUUUAUCGUUUCAAACGUGAUCAAAACAGCUUGGUGUGAUACAUCAUUGACUCCCUAGAAAGUAGAUAAAAAUGUUCUUGUAGUCUUCUUCGAUAUGAAUCUGCUUGGUGCCUUUUUCAUCAAUCAGUUCCCUAAUCCUGGCAAAUUUACAUUUUUAAAUGUGGCAUCCAGUUGUUUCAACUUGUGAACAUAUCACACUGCACAGGAAUCUUGUGAGAAUUCUUGCUAGUUAGUUCCUGGUUUCCAAGAGCUAAACUGUGAUUGGCUAAUAAUGUCCUAUGUCACAAUAACUGAUUUGCAGCUCUAAGUUGCAGAUGUUAGUUUUUGGGUGGAGAGAAGCGACGACCGCAAGUAUUUCUGUUUGCAGGCUAGAGAAACAUAAUAUUCAAACAAAUUUUAUCUGGAGCCCAUGACUACCAGACUGAUUAGGUGAACAUUGAUUCACGUCAUCAGUAUGGAAUUUUGGGGGCUAAAUUACUGACGUCUCCCCUGUAAAACUGCCCAAGCAGCAAGCAGAGAUGCCUGUACUUGCAGGCUGCUGUCCCACGGGCUUUUAUCCUUUCAUUUUGUUACUGGCCAAAAUCAAACUUCAUUUUGGAAAAUCCUCAGAGGCACAUAAUAAUUACUGUUCAAAUGUUCAGCCAAUGAGGUUUCAUCUGAACAGUAGCAUCAAAGGGUUUUGUCAACAGAUUUAAAAGUCAGAAUCAUGAGAAUUAUGUUUUUCACAAUGUGGUUUAGGAGUUAUGGGUUAAGUUACCUUAGUUACAAAAUGUUUUUUCUUUUAUACUUACAGGCACAUAAAGAGCCACAUGAUGUUCAAAACCGGAAUUUCUAGGAUUUCCUUGAACAAGGACAGCAAGCUAAUAAUUUUUAUUUAAGGUCAGGUAUAUAAUUUUAUUUUCAGGCAUUUCCCAUUGCAAAGAUUUUUGCGAAUAAGAAAUGUCUAAGACCAAGAUGAAAUAUGGUCAGAUCAAUAGUUGAAUUAACAAUAUUUUGUCAAUUUUUGAAAAGAAAAAAUCCUGUUGAAUUGUUAGUGGUGUGAAAGAAAGGAAUUCCUUGCCCCUCUAGUGUUCUCUUCUACAUGUAGUGUCUGUCCCACAGGCUUUCUCUAAUACAGGCUUAAGAUAAAGGCCAAAAAAUUUCUUUUUUGUAAAAUUUGUUGGAAGUAAACCAUUUUUACUUUUGAGGAUUUUACAAAAAUAAUUUUUCUCGGAAGUAUUUCCUUUGGUGUUUAUUGGGAAUUUGAUUACUAUUCAAAAGUUUUGCCAAGAAGUUUUCAUUUGGCUACUAGCAUCAUAGGGCUUUUUUUUACCGAUUUAAACGUAAAAUGAGUAAUUUUUUUUUCAUAACAUGGUCCAGGUAUAGUAAGGGUAUUUUUAAAGUUACUCAAAUUACAUGUAUUUUUUUCAUACUUAUAUGCACACAAAAGGCCCCUCGAUGUUCAAAAACUGAAGUUCUUGGAUUUCUUUGGACACGGACAGCAAUUUGAUGAUUCUUAUUAAACUUCAGGUUAGUAUUGUUUACAACCUACACAGGACAUACAGCUGUACCUACUCAGCAGCUGUAUAUAAACAGUCAAACUAAUCAUGAUUUAUUAUUUUAUAAUUAAAUUAAAUCAGCGUGCAAAGAAAGUUGUGUCUGACAGCCUGGGGCUAGUGGAUUUUGUGAUCGGGCUAGUGAAUUCUGUGCUUAACUUGCCCGACGGGCAAGUGAAGAUUUUUCGGAGAAGUAAAAUUACAGAAGUACUGUCAGACAAAAUGUUUUAAAUUCCUAAUAAAUUCCUGCGGACCAAAAGUCGCUCCGACGAAGUGAAAUCUGCAUAAACAAGACGAAGUCUCGCAUUACAUGUCAGACAAGACAUAAAUUAUCAUGAGAAGACACACAGGGCUUGCACAGCUGUAAGUAUCCCGGAGAGCUCCAUACAAUUCCUUAUAAUUUUGUUAUAAGGAAUUGUAUGGAGCCUUCCAGGAGACUUUUCUUCAUUAGCUUAGGCGCGGCGGAUUUUGUCACCCGCGUGUAAAGGAAAAGCAGAUAUUAAAAAAACUUUGGAGGUAAAUGUUGCCCGUGACUAAUUUUUACUGAUUCAGAGAAAGCUGUUUGUCUAAAUUUUGUUUCAUAAUCAUUUGUGAGGAACCUAAAGGUUUUGAUCCUGAACUCCUGUGUACGAAUCUAUUAUGGUUUUAGCAAAUAUUGGUCACGUGUGUAUCAGUAUGGUAAAUUCUAAACACUGAUACUGUAGGUGUUUGUUGUUUAAAAUAUAUAGACAACCCGUAUUGUUUUCACUUUUCACGAAAAUCUUUCAGAUGAAAAGAUGCCAGAAAUAAAACGAACAUUUUUGUUCUUUUGAAACCUAAAACCUUUGGUUACUUGUAACAAGAUGAACCACAAAUUUGCAGAAUUUUUGUUUGCAUGAUAUUUGCUCACUGAUGCGUGACUUGGCACUCACACUUUCCACUUUCCCGUGAACUUGAAACUUGACUCGGAAAACCGACUGCCAAACAAACCUUCUUCAGAAAAAUGAUCUUCAGAAUGCACUGCUUUUGAAUGAGAAGCAAACUGAUGAAAGCUAUCAAAUUUUUAUGUCCUUUAAUAAUAUAAACAUCUCCCCUGUCAGCGGCUAAGAAAUACUCCAGCGGGAAAUUGCGCGGCAAAUUGUAGAAUGAAGCGUUUUCACUGACAGCUUUUCGCAUUGUCUACGCUGUCGUUUAGUGUGUCCAUUGAGAACUUUGGUUUCACGGUUUCAACGCCGUUUUUUUUUCUUAAAAAAUGUUUUUCUAAAUUGUAAAAUGUCUAAAAUGCAUGUUUAUCAUUCACGUGUUGUGGCGGACUUAGAAAAAAUUCUACAGUGUGGCAGCACCGAGAGCAAAGCAGCAAAAAAUCAAACUAGUUGAAGACAUCGGGAGUGAAUAUUGCGUUGAACUAAGAGCGUUACAGAAGAUUGAGUACUUGAACAUUUUAACAAGAGGUUAACCAGUAAUACGUAGUUUUUAGUAUUGUGUUCAAAGACAAACGUUUGUCUGUUAUUUGGACCUUCAUUCCGUUAGCUUCACUGUGAAUUGACUUUCAGGACAAAGGCAUUUAUAAUCAAAAGGUGAACACGGAAUUAUUUUACUAGUGUGUCAAGAGUAUCUGACCAGGUCUACUUAUAGUUCACACUUUUACGAUUAGUUAUUGCUUUUGUUAAAUAACUACAGCUGAUUGCUGCGGAGCGACCAAAGGGAGCGAGCAGCAACAUAAUCAGGAUUUAAAGGAAAUAUAUAAACGGGCGACGAAUUCUCGAAUUCAUCACUUUUUACCACAAUGCAUUGCAUUUAACCACACUUUUUACCACAAUGCAUUGCAUUUAACCAGAGUGCAUUGCGCCACGAACAACUCAAAUAAAAACACCGGGAAGUAGUGCAUCGCUCGCUGCUCAGUUCUACAGCACGGUUAGAGGUCUUACCAAAUUUUAAGACACGCAGGAGUCUUUCAGAUGAGUACGAUGGUUAACUUGGGGAGUGGAUUUCAAUUCAAGAGCCUUUGACUCUUCCAGGUGUUAAACCUGACUAGAAGAUGAGCAUUUGCUCUUCGACUCCGCAACACGGGGGAUAUACAAAUUCCAGCUUGCUAGAAGGUGAUGUGAAAGUGAGAAAAUGUCAUGAAAUGCUAUUCUUAAGAAACUGUAUGAGCCGAAAAUGGAUGUGAUUUUGACCAUUCGCUUCAAAAUAACAGCGGAAAUCGGGAUAACAAAACAUAUGUUUUGUGUCCUACUUUGCAGACCAGGACGUGUAUCGGCGUUUUGAAAAGCAUAAUUAUGUUCUUUCAUUCAUUCAUUGCCAUGAAUAUGCGUUUACAUUGUUUUUUCACUGUUAAUAGCUCGGUUAAUGCGGCUGGCGAUCAUCUUGCCGGCGGAAGCUUCAUACAAAAGGAAUAAAAUGAAACACUUUUCCCGGAAAUGACGUAAUCAGCCUCUGUGGUGUUGUGGUUAGGUGUAGUCGCGUCGAGCCGAAGGUGCCGGGUUCGAGUCCCACCGAAUUAUUUACUCCUACUUUCUUUUUUUUUCCUUUUUUUGUGUUGUUGUUUUCUUUAAAUAUAUAGCUAAAUAACUGUUACUUAAUAAAGUGCAACAAACAGUAAGAAAAGUAUUGUGUUUCCAGAGAAAAUAUCGUUCACUGUAUAUUAAAUAUCUGGAUAAUCAAUCUCAAUUUCUAUUAUUUCCUACAAUUUACUGUGGGAAAACCAGAGUUGAUAACCACUUGAUCAUUUUCUAAACAACGUUCCCACGAGUUCUUUCUAUAGACUGAUAGUUAUUAUUCUAGUACUUUCCAACAUGUAAAUAGGACAUUCAAUGUCAUUUUUGAUUCUUUUAAGUCUCACUGCCUAACUAAUGCCAGUAUCAACAGAAUGUGCCGCAGCAUUACUAUCUUUUAGAUACCCUAGUUGUAAUGAAUAAAUGAAGCCAGUAAUUUAUUAACUUACAGUGUAAUUAAGAAAGGAAUAAUCGCUUAAUAUUUAUUCAUUCUGCUCGUGAAAAAAAUUUGGGGGCUAGUAAAAAUGACUUUCGGGCUAGUAGAUGUUAGUUACAGCUUGCCCGAAGGGCAAGCUGUAAAAUUGACUUUCUUUGCACCCUGUAAAUUCACUUCUAUUUAAAAUGAUCUCAUGUUUUGGAACUAUAAAAUGCAUUUCACAUUUUCAUAGGUGCAAUGAAUAUACUCCAAUCAUGUUCAGGAAUUCGUACUGCAAAGAAAUUAAUUUUUGUCACAAAAAGAGGCCAGAAAUGAAAGAUGAUUACCUUUCCGAGGUUUUUUCUUUGGUCACCAGAUCACAUGACUUUUUUUUUUUUUAAUAUUUGAAAGAAAAUAAAGCCUGAUGAAUUAAUUGUUGUGAAUGAAAGUGUUGGCACUUACACUACAUUUAAGGCUUUUUUGAAUGUACAUACACAGCUAUAUUUUUCUUUUGAUGAUUUUUUCUGUGCAAACAAAGCACCAGCAACAAUGUUCUUGGAGAUAAUGCAACCAAAGUGCUGUAGUACCCAAGACUAAUAUAAAGAGCAUAACAUUAAACAUUCAGCAGGGAAAAAUUAACACCAUCACCUGAUGAAGAUCAACAGUACAUGGUCAAAACGUUGAGAUAAACAGAGAAAAAAGAUUGACCAUCGUGGGACAAAAAUGAUAAGCAGGACCCUUUUGCUAUGAAUCCUUCAUCAUAAAUUAUUGAGUAAGAGUGUUGGCUGGGAAAACUUAAAUAUCUUCAACCCUUGAACGUCUCUCUGCAUAUUGUUCACUUUUUGCGUAAAGAAAUAUUGUUGAGCAAUGUUGUUUUAAUGAUAGAAGUGUAGAAGUGUUUAGAGGGACGUUUUAGCUAUGUUUUUUAUACUGUGUAACUUGCAUACAUGUAGAACGUUAAUGCCAGCAGAACUCAUACUUCAACAGAAAAAUGAUAGUUCAAAGUGUUUUUUGAUGUUGUAAUCCUAGUGGCCAAAACUUUGAUUACGUCAUAUGUUUGCAUUGCUUGGUGAUUAGGCAAUUGCUCACCCGCUUAUAACACCAAACAGAAACAUUUGACACUGGCAAGGUUGUAGAAACCUGUUAAACAGUCCAGGAAAACAUUCUUCCUAUGGAAUAAUUUGAGAGGUGAAGCUUGAGAUCUAAUAAUAAUAAUAUUGUAUCAUACUUUGUGUAAUGUCGUUUGCAAUUAUUACUAAUUUUCAUUUUCCUUGUUUGGCACACACCAAAACCAUUGUAAUAAUAAGAAAUCAGAUCUUAAGGACUGCAGCUCAGGGUAUAAGUCAGAUGUGUGAUUUUAUCCCAGCUGGAAGGAAGUUCCAAGAACUCACAAGAAUUCUAAAAAAAAAAACUGAAAGAAGAAAAACUACUCUAUAUAUUUCUGCUGAAAGCACUGAACAGUGGGUAUAAUACCCUCUCUAUCUAUACUACUGCAUUUAAAUCUGGUGCAUUGAAAGUUUUCAUACAUGUAUACUUAUAUUUGAGGAUUCUUAGGAUUUUUCCUGUCAAAAUUCAUUUGUUGUUAGUUUUAAAUUCUAAAGAGACUCAAAAUCUACAAGUUAUUCGUAAGGUUUAGAGACAAGCUUAAUGUAUAAACAAUAAUUGCCUAUAAUUUUGUUCAAACUCUUAACAAAAAUAAUUGUUGGUAGUUCCACACUCCUGGGGUUGCAACAUAAGCAAGUACCUCGCUAUUUUCAUGGCAGAAUAGUUUUCUGUCAGAUUAAUAAUUGUAUUGCAAAAGUUUUACUGACCUUGUGGUUGAGUCAGAAUGUGAGGCGGACCCGAAGAUUUGCGCAUAAGACUUAAUUUGGCAUUAGGAAUUAUAGUAAUUAGUUAUUUUGGGUCUGUUGUCUGUGUGUAAUGUUGUUGCAAUAACUGUUGACCAUAGACGAAAGAGGAGUACAUGGACACAUGUUAGGGGAUGCAGACCUUGAAGCAUUAGUAGGUAAAAAAUGCACAAAGGCGAUUACAAAAGGAUUAUAGAUCAGGGAUAUAAAGUUUGUUGUAAACUAUUGGAAAUGGAGAAUGGAUUGUUAAAAGAAAGCAUGCUAGGCUGACGUUUUUUGUUGUGUUUUUUUUUUCUUUUAUGGUUCAUAAAGUAAGAGAUACAUUUGCGUGGAAACUGAACGGAGGUCAAAAUAAGAAAAUUAUGGGGGGAGGGGGCGAGGGAAGAAGGCAAUGAGAACGACCACCUGCAAUCAACCCCUUGAGAUUUAUGAAACGCCCCUUCCAGUCUUGGGAAAGAAGGAGCUGGCUUACAUGUGAUGUGACAUGCUUUGAAGUCUGACAUCAGCCAUCACACAAUGUAAAACAAACUGUCAUGCCAAAUAGUUUGAUGUUAUUGUUUUUAAUAACUGCCUUCUGCUUAUUAUUAAGGAAAAAAAUUUGUUUAUUAGAAUUGGAUUGUAUUAUUGGACUCAAAGUUCAACUUUCAGAUCAAAAGAUUGAAUCUUUUUAAUAGAAGUCUUAUUUGAGUAAUGUGUGUUGAUCCCUGACACACCGUAAGACAAAUUAAAGGCAAAAGUUCACAUGCAAAGUGACUGAUGGCCUCAAUUGAUUUUGCCAAAGAAAUGUGCAAGAAGUUUUUUUCUCCUUUCCAAGAAUAUUUCUUGUGCAGAAACAGCAUGCUUGCUUUUAAGAACUAGUCUUUCUAAAUUCCUUGGAGUUUUUUGCAGAACUUUUUGGCGUCUAAAAAUUCUUACAAUGAAUAUUUUGUUGAGCUGACACAAAUCUCACUUGCAACGUGACUUUUGACUUGAGUUGUUUUCUCAUCUUUCUGAAAUCUUUUUGAUUCAGAAACAGCAGGCCUGCUUUGGAGAAUUAUUCUUUAGAGUUUUAGAACUACAGAACGUCUUCAUGUCUAAAAUACUGGCGAUGAAGAUUUUCUUGAGCAAACACAAAUCAAGUCAAAUGCUGAAAGCUGCAAUACAACCAACGGUAUUUCUUUGAAUUUUGUAUCCACUGGGAAUCUGACAUCUGCGCACAGGUUAACUUUUACAUUCUGUCAGCUAAUCGGGAAUGCUGGUUGCUGUGUCUGCUGGCGGACAGAGUUUCAAAAAUGUCACAUGAAGAGGUUGAUUGUAGGUGGUUGUUCUCAAUGCCUUCGCCCCUCGUCCCCUCCCCCAUCGUCUUAGCUUUUGCACGGUUGUAUCUCUUACAUUACAAACCAUAAAAGAAAAAACACACCAAAAAAACUGCCAACUAUGCAGGCUACAUUGCAGGCAGCUAGAUUGGAGCCAUUGCAGAUAGAAUUUUUUCUCUUUUUAGUUGGAAUCUUUAAAGUUUUUGUCAAGUAUUUUGUUUGUAAGUGAUGCACCACCCAGUCGUAUGUAGUACCAAACAGACAGGACAAUAGUAUUAUGUUUUUUUUCCAUGACAUGUGCCUCAGAAAAAGAUAUUUCAGGCCUAAGCCAAAACAGAUACUUUUUUAAACAUUAUUUUUUUUUAGAUAUACAUGCCCUAAAAAGGAUACCUUUCAAUUACAUUUAGUGUUUUUUAACCGUGCAUGAAUGAGAAGACACAGUUGAGUAAGAAGCAUAGAGACAGUGUGGAGCACAAGUUAAAGGAAAGAGAAAGAAAGAUAAUGUCCUUAAGCAGUCAAAAAAAAAUUCUGACCAAUCAUACUUGCCCACCAACAUUGCCGGUUUGAACAUAACACUGAAUCAACCAACCAAAAUGCUGAUAUCAUUCAGGGCAUUUUUGUACUAAUCCUGAUUUAAGCUCACUGUCUCUUUAACAAAGAACUUGGGGACAAAAGAUGUUGCUGGGGAAUGAAAAUCUUCUCUCUAAGAAGGAAGAAAUCAUAAAAACAGUUUACAUUUCAGAGAUGCUGAGUUUGAUGAGUGUUCCCAUGAAAGAAACCAAAACAAUAACCAGUGUAAUGCCAGUGAAAAUCAAGCCUUUUAAAUGGUGGUUAUAGUCUGGAUUUUUUUUCACAGUAAUGCUAUGGCAGCCUCUAUUGAAUUGUUGUUAGGCUUAGUUGCUUAUUUGUCCUCUUGUUUUAAAUUUUUUGCAUGCCCAAAUAAUUAUACAGUAUGAGCAUGGAUGUUUUCUGGUUGCCAGAAUUAUGACCUGUUGGAAGUGAUAGAGCGAUUUUCGUAUGACCUUGAAAUGAAAACUUCGUGAGCAAAACAGAAACAACAAACAAAUGGGAAUAGAGCGAUUUGAUUGGUUUAUCGAACAGAUACAAACACAUGUGGCUUUUGGUUAGUUAAGCAGAUGUGCAGGUGAAAAAACUUCAUGCCUGAGAACUUUCUAUAAAUCAACCAAUAUUUCAUUUUGACGUCAUACUGCAACACGAUUGGCCAAUCAAACAAUGCCUUCUUCAUAUGAGGGUUUUCUUUGGUGGAAAAAUGAAGAGGCAAUGUUUUGUUCUCUUUAUCCAUUGGCUGAUAAAACAAAUACAUGUAACAAUCACUUGCCAAAACCCAUUUGGUAAGGUCAUACGAUAAUGGCUCCAUUCAUUUUCUCCCAUGUUUGUUUUACGUUCUGUGUGUAUGUUACUCACACUUCAUGCUUUCAGUGGAACCAAACCUUGUACCAGAAUAGUUUAAAGAAUAUUGCAUUCUUUUUUACAUUUUUCAAGGGCUAUAGAUGUAAUUAGUUAUCUGUAAUAACACCAAAGAAAAUUUCUCAUGGAAGCCCGAGAAAAUAAAUGUCAAGUUUCACAAGAAUUGUGAAAAAACAGGUAAAGUUCUGAAAACUUCAUGUGCAAGAUGUCAUUUUGGGAAGUUUGACACUUAUUUUCUUGGGAUCCCAUAAGAACUUUUCUUUGGUGUUAUUACAGAUAACUAAUUACAUCUAUAGCCCUUGAAAAAUGUAAAAAAGAAUGCAAUAUUCUUUAAACUAUUCUGGUACAAGGUUUGGUUCCACUGAAAAUUAAAAUUACUCAAUUUUCCUUCUUAAAACCUUUCACAAUUAUUUUUGACAAGUGUGUGUGCUAAGACAGUUAGAAUAUAUCGGAGUACUAUUUGCCUGAAACCUGUCCAUAAAAAUGAUGAGAGAUUGAAAGUGAAAUCUGAGUGAAUUAGCUAUCAUGUUCAUUAAUUCGUUUCUUUUUAACACACUUCACGGGUAAAAUUUGCAUUCAAUCUUCACUUCUAUAAUGUAUAAAAAAAUUUAACUUCCUUGGGAGAACAAACAUUGCCACACAAAUACAGCAAACCCUAAAUCAACAAUUUAGCAAAAAAUAUCGAAUUUAUUUUCCUCUAGUUCCAGGAAUGGCCUCAAAUAUUCUGCUAGAGAAAAUGUGGCCUUCUACAUGAAACAGGAUUUCUCCACUUUAAGUUUUUCACAUCCCACUUUAUUGAUGGUCAAGCAUAUAGCAGAACACCAUUUAGAAGACUCUGAGUCAUAGUCCCAGCAAGAUACAAACACUACAUUGUUAACCUCCCCUUUUGUAGCCACCACCCUUUAGCAGACACUAAUUAUUAAUGGUCACAGUAAGAUAUAAAACCGCAUUGUUAACCUCCCCUUUUUAGACACCGUCAAAUAGCAGACAGUAGACCAUAGUCCCAGCAAGAUGAAAACACUGUUAACCUCCCCUUUUCAGACACCACCCUUUAGCAUUUAACCUCCCCCCCUCCCCCCUAGACACCACCAUUUAGCAGACACUAAGUCAUAGUCCCAGGAAGAUGCAAACACUAUGUCUGUAACCUUCCCUUUCUAGACAUCACCCUUUAGUAGACACUAAGUCAUAGUCUCACCAAGAUUCAAAAACUGCAUUGUUAACCUUCUCCUUUUAGACACCACCCUUUAGCAGACACUAAGUCAUAGUCCCAGCAAGAUGCAAAUACUACAUUGUUAACCUUCUCCUUUUAGACACCACCCUUUAGCAGACCAUAAGUCAUAGUCCCAGCAAGAUAGAAACACUACAUUGUUAACCUUCCCUUUUUAGACACCACUCUUUAGCAGACACUAAGUCAUAGUCCCAGCAAGAUAGAAACACUACAUUGUUAACCUUCCAUUUCUAGACACCACCAUUUAGGAGACACUAAGUCAUAGUCCCAGCAAGAUACAAACACUACAUUGUUAACCUUCCAUUAUUGCACACCACCCUUUAGCAGACAUUGAGUCAUAGUCCCAGCAAGAUACAAACAAUUCAUUGUUGACCACCCCUUUUUAGAGUACAUCAUUCAGCAAACACUACGUCAUAGUCCCAGCAAGAUACAAGCACUACAUUGUUAACCUUCCCUUGUUAGACACCAUCAUUUAGCAGACACUAAGUCAUAGUCCCAGCAAGAUGCAAAUACUACAUUGUUAACCUUCCCUUUUUAGACACCACCCUUUAGCAGACACUAAGUCAUAAUCCCAGCAAGAUAGAAACACUACAUUGUUAACAUUCCCUUUUUAGACACCACCCUUUAGCAGACACUAAGUCAUAGCCCCAGCAAGAUGCAAAUACUACAUUGUAAACCUUCCCUUUUUAGACACCACCCUUUAGCGGACACUAAGUCAUAAUCCCAGCAAGAUAGAAACACUACAUUGUAAACCUUCCCUUUUUAGACACCACCAUUUAGCAGACACUAAGUCAUAGUCCCAGCAAGAUGCAAAUAUUACAUUUUAAACCUUCCCUUUUUAGACACCACCCUUUAGCAGACACUAAGUCAUAGUCCCAGCAAGAUGCACAUACUACAUUGUAAACCUUCCCUUUUUAGACACCACCAUUUAGCUGGCACUAAGUCAUAGCCCCAGCAAUAUGCAAAUACUACAUUUUAAACCUUCCCUUUUUAGACACCACCCUUUAGCAGACACUAAGUCAUAGUCCCAGCAAUAUACAAACACUACAUUGUAAACCUCCCCUUUUAGACACCACCAUUUAGCAGACACUAAGUCAUAGUCCCAGCAAGAUCAAACAGUACAUUGUAAACCUUCCCCUUUUAGACACCACCAUUUAGCAGACACUAAGUCAUAGUCCCAGCAAUAUACAAACACUACAUUGUAAACCUUCCCCUUUUAGACAACACCAUUUAGCAGACACUAAGUCAUAGUCCCAGCAAUAUACAAACACUACAUUGUAAACCUUCCCCUUUUAGACACCACCAUUUAGUAGACACUAAGUCAUAGUCCCAGCAAUAUACAAACACUACAUUGUUAGCCUUUCCUUUUUAGAGUCACCCUUUAGCAGACACUAAGUCAUAGUCCCAGGAAGAUACAAACACUACCUUUUAAACCUUCCCUUUUUAGACACCACCAUUUAGCAGACACUAAUUCAUAGUCCCAGAAAGAUACAAACACUACAUUGUUAGCCUUCCCUUUUUAGACACCACCCUUUAGCAGACACUAAGUCAUAGUCCCAGCGAGAUACAAACACUACAUUGUUAGCCUUCCCUUUUUAGACACCACCAUUUAGCAGACACUAAGUCAUAGUCCCAGCAAGUUGCAAAUACUACAUUGUAAACCUUCCCUUUUUAGACACCACCCUUUAGCACACACUAGGUCAUAGUCCCAGCAAGAUACAAACACUACAUUGUUAACCUUCCCUUUUCAGACACCACCCUUUAGCAGACACUAGGUCAUAAUCCCAGCAAGAUACAAACACUACAUUGUUAGCCUUCCCUUUUUAGACACUACCAUUUAGCAGGCACUAAUUCAUAGUCCCAGCAAGUUGCAAAUACUACAUUGUUAACCUUCCCUUUUCAGACACCACCAUUUAGCAGACACUAAGUCAUAAUCCCAGCAAGAUACAAGCACUACAUUGUAAACCUUCCCUUUUUAGACACCACCCUUUAGCACACACUAGGUCAUAAUCCCAGCAAGAUACAAACACUACAUUGUAAACCUUCCCUUGUUAGACACCACCCUUUAGCAGACACUAAGCAGUCCGGAAUAUCCCUAAAUUUAAGGACAGGGCCAACUGGUCACGCGACACUUUUCAACCAAUGAGAAGGCGCGCUUGUGUUUAUCAACAAACAAAUCAAAACAUCGCCCCAGUGAUCAAAAAUUUUUCAAAACAACGGACGGAGUCGGACAGAAUCAGUCAUCGUUUCGAGGUUUCAGGCAUAUUUUAAAGACUUUUCAUGAGGCAUACACAAUUUUUUUAAGUGGACAGCGUAUCGGAAGCCAUAUUGGAACUGUCUCAUGAAAUAUUCAGCACAUUUUGUGGCUUGUUCUUCUUUUAUCUUUUAAACAACGCGAUGUAUAGGAGAGAUUUUGGUCGGCUUUCAAGGUAGGUGAACAAGUAUCUAUAUAUUAUUUUUUCGAUUCACAGAUUGUUUACGAAGUUCUAAAUAUUUUUCCUCGAUUGUCAUAUCGAUUAACUUUUAUUAUGUUGAAUGUGGGGGUGGCAGACCUAGAAUUUUGGUAGACAAUUUUUGAAUUCCGAGGUCCAAAACACGUACGUUUUCCACUCCCGGGUUUCUCACAAAAGCCGUGUUAUUAUUUUUUUUCGCAUUAGUACGAGUCUUUGCCUUUUUUCUUUUCAAGGCCAAAACAACUUUAUUAGACUUAUGGAUAUUCACGUCCAACAUCUCGCCUCACUUUGCCGAAUUUGCGGGGAUGAAAUUGAAGAUCAUAAGCGCAAGGUAGAUACUAACCGCUUUGUUUUUGAAAUUCACUAAUCUGGAAAGAUUUAAUGUUGUUGGAUUCUCCAAAUGUUCAUCCUCCGUUAAAGACCAAUCAAAGAAACAAGGCAAAUUUCAAUUAUAAAUGCUGUAUUUUGCUACUCAUUGAACAUGCACUGAUUAUCUGGGAUAAAACUAAAACAUUGCAGGUACUACAGCAAGCAAAGAAAGCACCAGAUGCGUGAAGUCAACACGAAACAACACAAAAAAAAAACAAACAAGAAAAAUUAAUAAAUUUGAACUACUUUCUAUUCUUGUUAUGAUGACUGGUUCUUUGAUUCUUGUCCUGUACAAGUUAAUAGGUAGUACCAAUGCUGUUUUGUACGAUCUCAACAAAUUUUCACACUCUCUCUAAGGCUAUUUUUACACGGGACGAGUUUGCUUGUAUCAAAAAUCUUGCAAGCCAUGCCAGUGAAGCCACGACCUCUGCGAUCGGUCCGGAAUCAGUUCGAACACCCCAAUGAUUCCUUGCAAUGAUUAAUGCUCUUAUUCUCUUACAUGACAUGUUUUCUCUGAAAUAUUAAAUGUGAAACCUAGGCGAGUACUGUAAGCUCAUCUUUAAUUCUGUCCGACUCCGUCCGUUGUUUUGAAAAAUUUUUGAUCACUGGGGCGAUGUUUUGAUUUGUUUGUUGAUAAACACAAGCGCGCCUUCUCAUUGGUUGAAAAGUGUCGCGUGACCAGUUGGCCCUGUCCUUAAAUUUAGGGAUAUUCCGGACUGCUAAGUGAUAGUCCCAGCAAGAUACAAACACUACAUUGUUAACCUUCCCUUUUUAGACACCACCCUUUAGCAGACACUAAGUCAUAAUCCCAGCAAGAUACAAACAGUACAUUGUUAACCUUCCCUAAGGUAGAGGACAUCUCUCUGAAGCAGACAUUAAACAAUGAUUGGAUGAGGUUUUCGUGAUACUCAGAAUAAUCAAGGUCGUGGGAAGUAUUUUCAGCCGAGCGGAAGGCCAAGGUUGAUAACACUUACUGGGACCUGGAUUAUUCCGGAUAUCACAAAAACCGAAUCUAAUAAUUGUUUUAUUACACAUUGCUUUAAAAUACAUAGUAAUAAUAAUAAUAAUAAUAAUAAUAAUCCAUUUAUAUAGCGCCUUUUCUACAAGAUUCAAAGGCGCUGUUUACAAAAGUUAGAUAAAACUAAAAAGUAAAAAUAAUUACAAGAAAUUGACAUUAAAACUAGACGCUAACUACAAAAUAGAUAAAUGUACACAAUAGAUAAAAAUCAGAUAACAAAUAAAAACAUCACGAUUCAUAAGGUCGCAUAAAAAGAAAUGUUAAUAAAUACAUACCGGUAAUAACGAUACACCGUCGCACAGAACCGAUUGGACAUUGCUCUUGGAAAUCAUGCAAUGCGCGCGCAACCUAAUAUAUAACUAAUCUGUAGGUUGCACUAAUUUCCAAAAUUAACUCUAGGAUUUAAGCCAAUUAGAAGAUAGAUGAUGAGUACAAUGUAUAACAAUUAGGCAUAGUCCCAGCAACUCUAAUUUUUAGAUUCCACAACCAGCCAAUUUUGAUUGUUCUGAUUUUGUUUCGUGUUUUUGGAGUUAUUUAGCUGAAUAAAUAAAACUAAAAUUUACAUGUAAUUGGAAAGGUCAUUCGCAUUUUUCUGUUUGAUUUGACUGUUAGAUAUUCACUCAUAGACAGUAUUAAGCGGGUGUUGGUUGAGUGUUAUUUCACUGUAUUUAAUUAGGAAAAAUCGUCAUCUUCAAAAUAGAUUUAUCCUUCCAUCAUCUUCUUGAACUGAAUAACUGCACUUGAAUAACUGUACUUGUUUCUCAGGUAUGAUAUAUAUUGAUAUUUGCAUCAGAUCUCUAUGGGUCCAAUGUUAUUACAGAUGGGACCUUUAAUACACUUGUGCCUUCAAACAUGAGUUCAAUUUUUCGAGGCUGAUUUUCUGUCCUUCCUCGCUGAAUUCUAUAACGACCGUCAGGAGAUUGAAAAUUUAAUUUCUCUUCCUAAAAUGCAUAACUGCCAAAGUAGUAAGGAAAUCGAACUACUCAAGCCAUUUUUUGGUCUAUUUCUAGUAGACGAAUAUUAUAUUGUUAAUCUGAUGAACGCCAUUCUUGGUGUUCUAAAGGUCUUCUCCUUGGGUUAUCCUGGUGUGGGAAAAAGGUCUAUGUUGUCCUAGAUCACAGAUAUGAUUAUCUUCUUCUGUCAAACGUUUUCAUAGAAUUGUCAGAAAAUAGCUGACACCGCAUUUUUAAAACGUUACUGUUAUUUCCAAUGUACUUCAACAGUUCAGAAUCAAGAUAUGAUAUAUCUUUAGUUACUGGGAAACAUGUUGAGAGUGGGUCAUUCAGUGUGAUCGUGAUGUCGAGAACAUUUAACUAUGGGAAUUUACAGGGUCUUUUUCACAGAAGUUUAGUGCAGUUUGUUAGUUUUGACAGCGUAUGGCUACGAAAGUGAACGCUAGAAGAUAAUACUCGGAAAUGGCAAACUUACAGCUUGAUAACAAUUUCUCUGCGUUUAUAUUAUUGUAAUUCCAAGUUCCAGACAUCAGAGAUAAACUAACAGACUUAACACGAAAUGCAAGCUCCAAUUAUUGUUUUAUUUUUGCAUUUUAUUAGUAUUGAUAAUUUUUUUUGUCUUCUUUCGUUUUUGCUAUGCCAUUAAAAUGUACAUUAAGCUUUUAGCUGCUGGUUUUAUAGUUUCAGUCAGUUUGAUAGUCAGUUUGAUUGGUGAAAUUGCGUGUCAUAGCUAUUUCAAAGGUCGUUGAUGCGUUGCUAUGGUAACAUUGUUACCAAUCGAUCCUUUUACUACUCAGUCAAAAGGGAAUAAGUUCUUGUUCGACUUUAGACUGUAAGUAUUUUUUCUAUAACCUGUUUACAUAGCAGAAGAAAUGAGGAUAAUAAAUUUAAGUGGGAUGAUGCGGAAUACCUUGCCACUAAAUCAGUAAUUAGCAUCCUCGGAAUCUUUCAGACUUCUUCGGUGAAGUUUAUCGGACACGUUCGUGUUUCUUUCAAAGAAUUUUAAAACUAGUGAUUUUAAACAGAUAGAACAGAUAAAGAACGUGAAUUUUUUUUCGUACAUACCUCUUUUAUUUUCUCUCCUUUUUUUUUUUUGAAGCUCAAGAUACUAGAGCUAGAAGAGGUACUUCCGUUUGUUUACGUAUUUAGGAAAUCGCGCGUUGUUUUUCUGAGCAUUAUACAUUCACAUUUUAAAAUAUGAUCAAAUUUAUACAAAGCAAUUGUCUUGACAAAAAUCACAAUCACUUGUUCCGAAAUAUGUAAACAACAAGUUAAACGAGUAUAUUCAUAUUUUUAAUUCAGUGAUUCAUCCUUCAGCCCGUUUUCUGCAAAAACAGAACAAAGGUUGUGAUUAAGAAUGUCAAGUAAUGUUUUUUUACGUCAGUGCUUUCGUUCUAUGAAAUGUCUUCCUUCUUGAUCAACACUCCAACUCUCAAGUGGAAAAACUCUUGCAUUUUUAUGGAAAUAGCUGUUAAGGUUGUUGAAGAUGCUAAUUUUUUUUUUUCAACAGAACAAUUGCCGCUGCUGGUUGGAUCACGGCUCAAUUUGGAAACUGAAGAAAGAGGUACCACAGUAAAGGUAGAGAACAGAUUGUAAUUAAGGAUUUUUCAAGAAAGGAAAACAGUUCGGAAGUUGUCGGGUGGUCUAAACGGCUUCGAUGCAUUAUGUGGCCGCUGUUUCGAAAUUAUUUAUAAUUUUUGUGCUCGGAGCUAUAUUAGAAUCA